AUGAAGAAAAUUGGCUACGGGACAGGAGUAGGAGUUUACGAACUUCAAAAAGCUCCAUUGAACAGAACUCUGUCUCCUUGGGCCGUGAAAAAGCUUUUCAAGCACUGCCGUAAGAACAAGGCUUUAGAAAAGCGUUUACAGACAGAGGCUGAAUAUUUGCGUAAGCUAAGCCAUCCAAACAUUAUAGGCUUCAGAGGAUUCUUAAAAAAACGGGCGGAACGAGCUCCCUACUCAUGGAGGAAUGUGAUACCUGUCUAG